UCUUCUCCCCAGAAUCAUCGAGGAACACCACCAGCGCCGCCGACGGCCUCCAUCCCCUAAUCCCGCCGCCUCCUGCUACGGCGCCGGCGACGGCGAAGGUCCAACCACGACCUACGCACUCCCCCUACACCCUUCUACUGGUACUGGACCGGCGUGGACUGGCCGACUGGAGAUGAUGGGUGGCCGUUACAAUCGCCCGAACUAUUCGACCUAUCUGAACGAUGAACCAAUGCCUGACGCCGCGUCAGAAAAGGAGCAGGGCAAUGAGUAUUUCAAACAGAAGAAGUUUGCCGAAGCGAUCGAGUGCUACUCGAGGAGCAUCGCUUUGUCGCCCACGGCGGUUUCCUUCGCGAACCGAGCUAUGGCGUACCUUAAACUAAGAAGAUUUGAGGAGGCAGAGAAUGACUGCACUGAAGCUCUGAAUCUGGAUGACCGUUAUGUUAAAGCAUACUCACGCAGAAUUACUGCAAGAAAAGGACUUGGGAAGCUUAAGGAAGCAAUGGAUGAUGCUGAAUUUGCGGUAAGUGUCGAUGCUAACAAUCCAGAACUGAGGAAACAAUAUUCUGAGAUAAAGGCCCUACUCAUGGAGAAAAUGUCCAAGAGAAGUUCAGUUCAAGCUAAACAUACAAUUUCUGAAUUUGAUAAAGCUGGAGAUAGAAAAGAUAUCACUUCUCACCCAGCAACUGGUCCCCAGAAGGACAGUUUCAUGGAAGUUGAUUCGUCUGGGAGAUCUGGGAUCAAAGAGUUUGCAGGUGGUGCGUCGAAAGGAGGAUCUGGUGCAAGCCUCAAAGACAAUAAUAUGCUGCAAUCUCGAGAUGCUAAACAGAAGCCUGCACCAGAAAUAUCAGUACAAGAUCUUGCAUCACGUGCUGCUUCACGGUAUAUGUCCAGCACUGUAAAAAGUGUGAAGACACCAAAGACAGCUUAUGAUUUUGAGGUUUCUUGGAGAGCUAUCUCUGACGACCCUGCCCAGCAAAUACAGUUGUUAAAGUCGAUUCCACCAGAGAGCCUACCGGAGAUUUUUAAGAAUGCACUUUCAUCUGCUUUUCUGAUUGAUAUCGUUAAGUGCACAGCCUCAAUCUACCGGGAUGAUGCGGUGUUAGCAGUUAACAUUUUGGAGAAUUUGGCAAAAGUUUCUCGCUUUGACUUGAUAAUCAUGUGCCUCUCUCCCAUGCAUAAAUCUGAGCUGCGGAAGGUCUGGGGUCAAACAUUCCUAGUUGAAAAUGCGUCGCGAGAUCAAGUUGAAGCCCUCAAAUUGCUGCAAGCCAAAUACGUUCAAGGAGGAUGGGAUGAGGACAUGUUCACUUUCCGCUAAUGAUGAUGAUGUUGUGAAGACGAUUCCCUAGAAAUACUAUGCCCUCUAGUCGAACGAUAUUGGAAUACCCUUCUUGUAGAGUGAACGUUAAAUUUACCUGGAGCUGUAAACCGUAGAAUUCAGAAUCAUGAGUAUUUUGCUUUGAUUUA